AUGAUAAAUGACUGGUGCAUUGUGGGUCUAUCAUCCAUCUUUAAGAAUUGUGCUCAUUCUCCAGCCCAUACAUUGUAUAUAAUUUCCUGCUUGCUCACUCUAGCAUGUAUUCCAUUUCGCUACACAGGACAGUACGACAUUGAGGACAUUCUACUUAUAUUUUCUGCACCAAGUGGGUGGUCUAUCUUCCUCUUUUUUGCCAGGGGCUAUAGACUGACAGGCCCCUUUGUCACAAUCAUAUAUAAGAUGAUCACUGGAGACCUCUUCUGUUUUGGUAUCAUCUACAUAAUUUUCCUUUCCGGGUUUACGCAAGGCUUCUUCUUCCUGUUUCAAAGUGUGUCCUCAAAAACUGCUGACCCUGAUUUGGCCAAAUUUUCCAACGUGCAAGACACAAUACUUAAAAUGUUUGAAAUGACCUUAGGAGAGUUCAGGUACGAAGUGUUCAGUAUGUCCAACUAUCCGCCACUAACAAAGCUGAUCUUUGCCCUGUUUAUGAUACUGGUACCCAUCCUGCUGCUGAACAUGCUGAUUGCCAUGAUGGGCAACACUUACACACAGGUCAUCUCCAAGUCCACCAAGGAAUGGUGGAAACAGUGGGCAAAAAUUAUCGUCAUGCUGGAGUGGGGCAUGACAAAGAAAAGACUAUUACAAAUUCAGCAAGAAUACUCU